AUUGAAAACACAUGUGAAGUCCAAGCAGUUUAUUCUAUGGAUGCAGAGUUCACACGACCAUUGUGGGUUUUUGGAAUCAGCUCCUAUGAUUUUUUUCAGAGCAGUGAGAAAACCAACAUAAUUGUGUGCAGUUACAGGCAGAAUGGAAAAUCAUAUCUAGGUGUUAUAGAUGAAGCUCAGAAUUCUUUGUCAGUAUUUGAUGUUUCCUUAUCAUAUAUAACGAAUGUAAUUUCAAGUGGUCAUUUCCUAUACAUUGAGGGUGCAUCUGCCGUCUGUCCGCUGUCAUUGGUGAAGUUGGGUUUAGAUGAUCACAAGUCGAGUAUUGUUAGUAUUCAGACUAUAUGGUCCUCUUCUUCAGAGAGUCAAAAGCACAAACCAUAUUUUAGCAUGCCAGAGUUCUUUGAAUUUCCAACGGAUAUUGCUGGUCAAAAUGCCUAUGCAUAUUUUUACCCACCUUGCAACCCACAUUAUCAGGCCAAUCAGGAAGAAAAACCUCCACUACUAUUGGAAAGCCAUGGAGGGCCAACUGACGAGGCACAUGGAAUUUUAAAUUUUAAUAUCCAAUAUUGGACUAGUCGAGGCUGGGCAUUUGUGGAUGUUAACUAUAGAGGAAGCACUGGUUACGGCAGAGAAUAUCGACAACAGCUCUUGGGGUCUUGGGGAGUCGUUGAUGUCAAUGAUUGUUGCCAUUGUGCUAAGUUUUUGGUGGAUCAUGGGAAGGUGGAUGGUGAGCGGGUUUGCAUAUCGGGGUGCUCUGCUGGUGGUUAUACGACAUUGGCUUCUCUUGCAUUCAGAGAUACAUUCAAGGCUGGAGCGUCAUUGUUUGGUAUUGCUGAUUUGAACUCUUUGAGAGCAGAUAUGCACAAAUUUGAAUGCCAUUAUAUUAGUAAUCUUGCUGGGGACGAAGCCACAUUAUUUGAGAGGUCUCCCAUCAACUUUGUAGAUAAAUUCUCCUGCCCCAUAAUUUUGUUCCAAGGGUUGGAUGACAAGGUCGUGCAUCCAGAGCAAGCGCGCAAAAUCUAUCAGGCCCUGAACAGAAAGGGUUUACCUGUUGCUCUUGUGGAGUACGAAGGAGAGCCUCAUGGAUUUCGCAAGGCUGAAAACAUUAAGUUCACUCUGGAGCAACAGAUGGUGUUUUUUGCUCGUACCGUGGGACAUUUCGUCGUAGCUGAUGAGAUUACACCCAUCAAGAUUGAAAACUUUGAUUGAGCCUAAAAUAUCAAAGGCCUGUACUGUAGAGUGAGAGAGACUGGUUCUUCUCAAUCAAACACCUUGACAAGAAUUUUUAUGCUGAUAGAUUAUUUGUUUACACACAUAUUCAGUUUAGAUUUCCUGGGGACAUUGAGUAAAUGAAUUGGAUGUACAACUUGGUAUGUGACAUGAUAUCC